GCGCCGCGUCAUGGCUCUGCUGGCCGCGGUCCGCGCGCUGCAGCCCGCGGCGCGCGGCGCGCGCCGGCCCCGGACGCGCCUCCACGCCACGAAGGUGGAGGGCCCGUCGAUGGACCAGGUCGUGCAGCUCUGCCGCCAGCGCGGCUUCGUCUUCGGCUCGAGCGAGAUCUACAACGGCUUCAACGGGUUCUACGACUACGGCCCGCUCGGCUGCGAGCUCAAGAAGAACAUCAAGGACCUGUGGUGGCGCGACUUCGUGCACGGGCGCGAGGACGUGCACGGCCUGGACUCGAGCAUCAUCGCGAGCCCCGCCGUCUGGCGCGCGUCGGGCCACGUCGACGGCUUCAGCGACCCCAUGUGCGACGACAAGGAGACCAAGAAGCGGUACCGGGCGGACCAGCUCUUCGUCGGCGACGUCGUCGACGACGCGACCGGCAUCACGCCGCGCGGAAGCUACGGUGUGGGGGGGGGCGCGGGGGGGGUCGCCCGGGCCGCCGCGACGCCCCGGUCGCUGGCCGCGCAGGCGACGUCGUGGGCGCCGUCACGGUGCUCGAGUCGGAGGACGUCGAGCGGGACCUCGCCAAGGCGGCGAGGAAGCUCUGCAAGGCCGCGCGGCGGCCCGUCGCCUUCCGGAGCGUCGCCGAGUGCUCCGAGGCCGAGAUGGCGCGCGUGCCGCCGCCGGGCGCGCCCGACCGGCCCGGCGGCCUGACGCCGCCGCGGGCGUUCAACCUCAUGUUCGAGACGCGCGUCGGCGCCGCGGCCGACGCCGCGGCGGCGGCCUACCUGCGCCCGGAGACGGCGCAGGGCAUCUUCGUGAACUUCAAGAACGUCGCCGCGACGGCGCGGGGCUUCGGCGUGCCGGGCGGCGUCGCGCAGAUCGGCAAGGCCUUCCGCAACGAGAUCACGCCGCGCAACUUCGUCUUCCGGUCGCGGGAGUUCGAGCAGAUGGAGAUCGAGUACUUCUGCUCGGACGAGGGCGACGCGUGGCGCGCGUGCCACGCGGAGUGGGUCGCCGCGUGCCGGGCCUGGCUCGUGGACCGCGCGGGCCUGCGGGCGGAGCUGCUGGGCGAGGACGUGCACGAGGACCUGGCCCACUACGCGCGCGCGUGCACGGACAUCACGUUCCGGUUCCCGUUCGGCGAGCAGGAGCUGCAGGGCAUCGCGGCGCGCGGGUGCUACGACCUGACGCAGCACCAGGAGGCGUCGGGCAAGUCCCUCGAGUACGUGGACCAGGCCUCGGGCCGCAAGUACGUCCCGCAGGUCGUCGAGCCGUCGAUCGGCGUCGACCGGCUCUUCCUCGCGGCGAUCUGCUCGGCCUACGCCGUCGACGAGGUCGGCGGCGCCGAGCGGACGUUGCUCAAGUUCUCGCCGCUCCUGGCGCCCGUCAAGGCCGCCGUCCUCCCGCUCUCGAAGAAGGACCCGGCGCUGCUCGAGAUCGCGCGGCGCGUCCACGACGACCUGAAGCGGCGGUACAACGUGCAGUGGGACGCGGCCGGGAACAUCGGGAGGCGCUACCGGCGCCAGGACGAGAUCGGCACGCCGCUCUGCAUCACGGUCGACUUCGACUCGAUCGAGGACGGCUGCGUCACCGUGCGCGACCGCGACUCGACGGACCAGGUCCGCGUCAAGGUCGAGGACGUCGCGGCGCACGUCGUCCACGUCAUCGAGGGGCUCUGA